AUGCCUCAGAACUGUAAUUUACUACGCAUACCUGGAUGCUCUCAUUCGGCCCCUGAUCUGUCGAUCACGCUGAUCCCUUUCGGCUGCAACUCACAGCAGAUCAAUGGAAAGCGCCCUAGAAACGAAAACAGACCGCUAGUGCGAUCCCCGGCCUGUAUUAUGAGGAACCCGGAGAUGGAACGGUUCGUCCGCGAAGAGGACACCGCCGGAUCGGAGCCGCGCUUCUCCCUCCGAGGGUUUGAAGGGCUCGGCGAUGUGCUCGAUCAGGUCAUCCCCAAGUUUGUGGACGGCAACUUUGAAGCAGAAAUAAAGGCGAGGUAUAAAACUUUUCUCAACCCGGCGCCCGUGAGGAUUCCUGCCCCACCUCCCAUGAAAGAUAAGCCAGCCCGAGACUUCGGUGUUAUUGGCGAUCGCCGUAUCCUGUCAGCGGCUUCUAUUCCCACGAAGCCUUGGGUUUUGAAGUCCGAUGAAGAUUGCGAGAUACUCGCUUUUCGUAAAUAUCACCUCUACCACUCGCAUAAAAAUAUAUCGGAGCUUUUUGAGGGUUCUAUUAUAGAAAAUGGUGAGCAGAAGGAGGACGGAUACCAGAUAGCGAGAGACUGGUUAAGAGAACGAAGGAUGGCUCAUUUGCAAGCGGUGGCCUCUUCCGUUCCCUAUUCCCCUUCGGAAGAAGAAAGCCAACAUCGCCGUACAGAGUAUAGACGCACUUGUCUGGGGAAAAGUUCUUGGGCCACUCCUGUUCGUCUUCAAUUGGCUAGACUGCGUGUGAUGGUUUGA